CCCCGCCCGAGCCGUCCCUUCUGCCCCUGCGCGUGGCAGCCCGGGCCGUGGGAAUCAUGCAGAGGUCGCCUCUGGAGAAAGCGAACGUCUUCUCCAAACUUUUCUUCAGGUGGACAAAGCCUAUUUUGAGAAAGGGUUAUAGACAACGCCUGGAAUUGUCAGACAUUUAUCAGAUCCCUGCCGCAGAUUCUGCAGAUAAUCUUUCAGAAAAAUUAGAAAGGGAAUGGGACAGAGAGUUGGCGUCAAAGAAAAGACCCAGACUCAUCAGUGCUCUUAAAAGAUGUUUCUUCUGGAGAUUUACGUUCUAUGGAAUACUACUAUAUUUAGGGGAAGUUACUAAAUCUGUCCAGCCUCUUCUACUGGGAAGAAUAAUAGCUUCCUAUGAUCCUUCCAAUUCACUUGAACGAUCAAUAGCUUACUACAUAGCUAUAGGACUCUGCCUUCUCUUCAUAGUUCGGACGUUGCUUCUUCAUCCGGCUAUAUUUGGCCUCCAUCACAUUGGAAUGCAAAUUAGGAUAGCCAUGUUUAGCUUAAUUUAUAAAAAGACCUUAAAAUUGUCAAGCAGAGUCCUAGAUAAAAUAAGCACUGGACAGCUCGUUAGCCUUCUUUCGAACAAUCUGAACAAAUUUGAUGAAGGUUUAGCCUUGGCUCAUUUUGUGUGGAUUGCACCUUUACAAGUAGUGCUGUUGUUGGGGCUCCUCUGGGAAAUGUUGGAGGCGUCAGCAUUUUGUGGAUUUGGCUUUCUCAUCCUCGUUGCCCUUUUCCAAUCCUGGCUAGGACGAAGGAUGAUGAAAUACAGAGAUCAGAGAGCAGGAAAGAUCAAUGAGAGACUUGUGAUCACAUCAGAAAUGAUUGAGAAUAUACAGUCUGUCAAAGCCUACUGUUGGGAGAAUGCAAUGGAAAAUAUGAUUGAAAAUCUGCGACAAAGUGAACUAAAGCUGACCCAUAAGGCUGCUUAUGUGAGAUAUUUCAAUAGCUCAGCAUUCUUCUUCUCCGGAUUUUUUGUGGUGUUUUUGGCUGUUCUUCCGUAUGCACUGAUCCAUGGAAUUAUCCUCAGAAAAAUAUUUACCACCAUCUCCUACUGCAUUGUUCUUCGAAUGGCAGUCACUAGACAGUUUCCUUGGGCUGUGCAGACAUGGUAUGAUUCCCUUGGAGCAAUAAACAAAAUACAGGAUUUCUUGCAAAAGGAAGAAUAUAAAACACUGGAAUAUAAUUUAACAACUACAGGGCUUGAACUGGAUAAAGUGACAGCCUUCUGGGAUGAGGGGACUGGGGAGCUCUUUACAAAAGCAAAACAGGAGUAUCAUCAUAAUACAAGCAUAUCCAGUAAUGAUGAUGGUCUAUUCUUCAGUAACUUCCCACUUCAUUUUACUCCUGUCCUUAAAGAUAUCAACCUCAAAAUUGAAAAGGGAGAACUAUUAGCUGUGGCUGGUUCUACUGGAGCAGGCAAGACUUCUCUGCUGAUGUUGAUCAUGGGAGAACUGGAGCCUUUGGAAGGUAAAGUCAAGCACAGUGGGAGGAUUUCCUUUUGUCCUCAAGUAUCCUGGAUAAUGCCUGGAACAAUUAAAGAAAACAUAAUCUUUGGGGUUUCCUAUGAUGAAUUCCGAUACAAGAGUGUCAUCAAAGCCUGUCAAUUAGAAGAGGAUAUUUCAAAGUUUCAAGAGAAAGAUGACACAGUUUUGGGUGAAGGUGGAAUCACCCUCAGUGGAGGUCAGCGAGCAAGAAUCUCCCUAGCCAGAGCAGUGUAUAAAGAUGCUGAUUUGUAUCUCUUGGAUUCCCCUUUCGGUUAUUUAGAUAUGCUAACAGAAAAAGAAAUAUUUGAAAGCUGUGUUUGCAAGCUUAUUGUCAACAAAACUAGAAUACUUGUCACUUCAAAGCUGGAACAUUUAAAGAUAGCAGACAAGAUACUAAUUUUGCAUGAAGGCAGCUGCUAUUUCUAUGGAACAUUUCCUGAACUUCAGGGUCAGAGGCCCAACUUCAGUUCUGAACUGAUGGGAUUUGAUGCUUUCGAUCAGUUCAGUGCGGAAAGAAGAAACUCCAUUCUUACUGAAACUCUAAGACGGAUUUCCAUCGACCAUGAUGGAAUGGGUUCACAAAAUCAAAAUAAAAAAACUUCCUUUAAACAAACAUCAGAUUUUACUGAAAAGAGAAAGAACUCUGUCAUUAUGAAUGCAAUGAAUUCCAGCCGGAAGUUCUCUCUCUUGCAAAAAACACCUCUGCAGGUCAAUGGUAUAGAAGAAAUUCCUGUUGAAACAACAGAAAGAAGAUUGUCUUUGAUACCAGACUCUGAACAAGGCGAGGCAAUUCUGCCACGCAGCAAUGUAAUUAAUGCAGGCCCCACAUUCACAGGACAGAGAAGGCAGUCCGUGCUUAACUUGAUGACCCGAACCUCAGUUCACCCAGCUCAGAGCUUUUACAAAAAGGGCAGUGUAUCUGUACGUAAAAUGUCACUAGUCCACCAGUCUUCUGAGAUAGAUGUCUAUGCCAGGCGCUUGUCUCUGGACAGUGUGGUGGAAAUAACUGAAGAACUUAAUGAGGAUGAUUUAAAGGAAUAUUUCCUCGAUGAUGCUGAGACCACGACUACUGUUACUACGUGGAAUACAUAUUUCAGAUACAUUACUGUACACAAAAAGUUGAUUUUUGUAUUAAUUAUGUGUGUGGUUAUUUUUGUGGUGGAGGUGGUUGCAUCUCUGGUUGGGCUGUGGUUUAUCAGUCAAAGUAUUGUUCCACCUGCUACAAAUACAAGCCAGUCACAGAACGCUACUUUGAAUGAGCCUGACAACUAUGCAGUUAUUGUUACAGAGACUAGUUCCUAUUACAUCUUCUACAUUUAUGUGGGAGUGGCAGACACUUUGCUGGCUUUGGGAAUCUUCAGAGGCUUACCCCUGGUGCAUACUCUGAUAACGGUUUCUAAAACUCUUCACCACAAAAUGCUGCAUGCAGUCCUUCGGGCACCCAUGUCUUCCUUCAACACACUGAAAGCAGGUGGAAUACUCAACAGAUUCUCAAAGGAUACAGCAAUAUUGGAUGACCUACUGCCAUUCACAAUAUUUGACUUUGUCCAGCUAGUACUUAUUGUGGUUGGAGCUAUAGCUGUCGUCUCCAUUAUAGAGCCUUACAUCUUCCUGGCAUCUGUGCCUGUUAUUGGAGCCUUUGUUAUGUUAAGAGCAUACUUCCUGCAUACUUCUCAGCAGCUCAAACAACUGGAAUCUGAAGCCAGAAGUCCAAUUUUCACACAUCUGGUUACAAGCUUAAAGGGGCUUUGGACACUGAGAGCUUUUGGACGGCAACGCUAUUUUGAGACAUUAUUCCACAAAGCUUUGAAUUUGCACACAGCAAACUGGUUCCUCUAUUUGUCCACGUUGCGAUGGUUCCAGAUGAGAAUGGAAAUGAUUUUUGUCAUAUUCUUCGUCAUUGUGACAUUUGUUUCCAUUGCAACUACAGGUAGCGGGGAAGGAAAAAUCGGCAUUAUUCUUACAUUAGCCAUGAAUAUUAUGGGAACCUUACAAUGGGCAGUAAACUCAAGCAUAGAUGUAGACAGUCUGAUGCGGUCUGUAAGCCGGAUAUUUAAGUUCAUUGACAUGCCAACAGAGGAAACCAAAUCCAGUACUCCAUUGUCACAAAAUGAGCAGCUUUCUAACACCUUCAUAAUUGAGAAUAAGCAUGCAAAUGAUGAGAACAACUGGCCAUCUGGUGGACAAAUGAUGGUGAAAGACCUCACAGCCAAGUAUGUAGAUGGAGGAUUGGCUGUACUAGAAAAUAUUUCCUUUUCAAUAAGUCCAGGACAAAGGGUGGGCCUUUUAGGAAGAACUGGCUCCGGGAAGAGUACUUUGCUCUUUGCCUUGUUAAGACUAAUGAAUACAGAAGGGGAUAUUCAAAUUGAUGACGUCUCCUGGAACACAGUCUCUGUUCAACAGUGGAGAAAAGCGUUUGGAGUAAUACCACAGAAAGUAUUCAUAUUUUCUGGAUCGUUUCGGAAAAACUUGGAUCCUUAUGGCCAAUGGAAUGAUGAAGAAUUGUGGAAAGUUGCUGAGGAGGUUGGACUGAAAUCUGUAAUAGAACAAUUUCCAGGGAGGCUUGAUUUUGUCCUUCUGGAUGGUGGCUGUGUACUCAGCCAUGGGCAUAAACAGUUGAUGUGUCUUGCCAGAUCAAUCCUCAGUAAAGCUAAAAUUCUCCUUCUUGAUGAACCAAGCGCUCACCUUGAUCCUAUGACAUUUCAAGUGAUUAAAAAAACUCUCAAGCAAGCUUUUGCAAACUGUACCGUAAUACUUUCAGAACACAGACUAGAAGCACUACUAGAAUGCCAGAGAUUUUUGGUGAUAGAAGACAAUAAAGUCAGACAGUAUGAAUCAAUCCAGAAGCUACUCAGUGAGAAAAAUUCAUUUCGACAAGCCAUCAGCCACUGGGAUCGAGCCAAACUGUUCCCAGUACAUCCCAGAAACUCAAGCAAACGCCGGUCAAGGCCUAAAAUCUCUGCCUUGCAAGAAGAAACUGAAGAAGAAGGUCAAGAGACUCGGUUGUGAAGAUGAAUUAAUGCGUGCAUCACUAGAGUUUUAGAUUUUUGGGAAACACUGGAAGAGGACAGCACUGAGAAAAGCUUCCACAAAGUGCAAGAGCAGGAACAGAUUAAGAAUUUAAAUGACUAAGAAUUACUCUAAUAGAUGCAUAGAGUAAGAAAUUACUGUAUGUAAGAAGCUUUCAUCCCAGGGUCAAACUGGUUACCAAGAUGUUAGACCUGACUUCUGCAGAAAUUAUUUUCUGCUGUUCACUCACAUGCACAUUAGUAGGAUCAAUAUCAAAGUGGAGACAGACAGUUGAUUUUUAAAAAUUUGAUUAAUCUGGUUGAAAAUAUUAUCUCCAUAGUCUACACUCAUAGUUCAAUCCUGAACAGGUCUACUCAGAAUCUUACUGUAGUCUAUUCAGUGGGGCAUAGUCCCAAGAAAAUUUUCAUAGGAUGGCACUAUCCAUCUCUUAAAGUUAAAUCUUUGACCCUCUAGCUGAACACAAGCCUGUUUAUUGAGCUUAAAACAGGCAUUAUAGGUAUGGGACAAAUAGGUGGUAAACUGGAUUUAUUGCUCUGGAAGUUAUAAAUAUCUCACCUAUCUCAAGCAAACAGCAUGGACAUUUACUUUCCGUAUUGAAGUGUAGUGGGUUAAACGCAUGGAGAAACC